GUCAUAGGUCACUGGGCAGGCUGGAGGUGGGGCCCGCCGUGCUGCCGGGGGCGGAGCAGAGUUGGCCAGAGCAGUCCAAGCAGCGAUGGCGGCGGCUCGGGGGACGGUAACGACGGCAGCCCUGGAGUCGGCGCCGAGCACGGAUGGCGCCUCCUCUGUGCAUUGGUUCCGCAAGGGGCUGCGACUCCACGACAACCCGGCGCUGCAGGCAGCCGUGCGCGGGGCGCGCUGCGUGCGCUGCGUGUACAUCCUGGACCCUUGGUUCGCGGCCUCCUCCUCAGUCGGGAUCAAUCGAUGGAGGUUUCUACUUCAGUCUCUGGAAGAUUUGGACACGAGUUUAAGGACACUCAACUCCCGCCUGUUUGUAGUCCGGGGCCAGCCAGCUGAUGUCUUCCCAAGGCUGUUCAAGGAAUGGGGGGUGACCCGCCUGACCUUCGAGUAUGACUCGGAACCCUUUGGGAAAGAACGGGACGCAGCCAUUAUGAAGCUGGCCAGGGAGGCUGGUGUGGAGGUGGUGACCGAGAACUCACACACCCUCUAUGACCUGGACAGAAUCAUCGAGCUGAAUGGGCAGAAGCCACCUCUGACUUACAAGCGCUUCCAGGCCAUCGUCAGCCGCAUGGAGCUACCCAGGAAGCCCGUGGGCCCGGUGAGCAGCCAGCAGAUGGAGAGCUGUGGGGCAGAGAUCCAGGAGAACCACGACGAGACGUAUGGUGUGCCCUCUCUGGAGGAACUGGGGUUCCCCACUGAAGGACUUGGCCCAGCUGUCUGGCAAGGAGGAGAGACAGAAGCCCUGGCCCGCCUGGAUAAGCACUUGGAACGGAAGGCUUGGGUUGCCAACUAUGAGAGACCUCGAAUGAACGCCAACUCCCUGCUGGCCAGCCCCACCGGCCUCAGCCCCUACCUGCGUUUUGGUUGCCUCUCCUGUCGCCUCUUCUAUUACCGCUUGUGGGACCUGUAUAAAAAGGUGAAGAGGAACAGCACACCUCCCCUCUCCCUGUUUGGGCAACUCCUGUGGCGAGAGUUCUUCUACACUGCGGCCACCAACAACCCCAGGUUCGACCGCAUGGAGGGCAACCCCAUCUGCAUCCAGAUCCCCUGGGACCGCAACCCCGAGGCUCUAGCCAAGUGGGCCGAGGGCAAGACGGGCUUCCCUUGGAUUGAUGCCAUCAUGACCCAACUGAGGCAGGAGGGCUGGAUCCACCACCUGGCCCGGCACGCCGUGGCCUGCUUCCUCACCCGCGGGGACCUCUGGGUCAGCUGGGAGAGCGGGGUCCGGGUGUUCGACGAGCUGCUCCUAGACGCAGACUUCAGCGUCAAUGCAGGUAGCUGGAUGUGGCUGUCCUGCAGUGCCUUCUUCCAGCAGUUCUUCCACUGCUACUGCCCCGUGGGCUUCGGCCGCCGCACGGACCCUAGUGGGGACUACAUCAGGCGCUACCUACCCAAGCUGAAAGGCUUCCCCGCUCGCUACAUCUACGAGCCCUGGAAUGCCCCUGAGCCGAUUCAGAAAGCAGCCAAGUGCAUCAUUGGUGUGGACUACCCACGGCCCAUUGUCAGCCAUGCUGAGACCAGUCGGCUUAACAUCGAGCGAAUGAAGCAGAUCUACCAGCAGCUCUCCCGCUACCAGGGACUCUGUCUCCUGGCAUCCGUCCCUUCCUGUGUGGAAGACCUCAGCAACCCUGUGGCUGAGCCCAGCCCUAGCCAGGCCGGGGUCCUGAGCAGUGCAGGCCCAAGACUAUUACCCAGUGGCCCAGCGUCCCCCAAACGCAAACUGGAAGCAGCUGAGGAGCCACCUGGGGAAGAACUCAGCAAACGGGCCAGGGUAGCUGAGGAGCCCAGCCUGAAGCAGCUUAGCAAGGACGUCUGAGA